AUGGGAAUUAAAGGUCAUCGUACUACUCAUAUCACUACAUCAUCUUCCUCCCCUACUAGCUCUUCACGCAAUAAUUUGGUUAGAGUUAGUAAAAGAGGGUUUAAUGUUAGAAAAUUUGCUAUAUUCAUCAUCCUACCAUUAGUAAUUUUUUUAUUUUUAAUAUUCCGUUACGCAACGUCUGGUACACCAACGGAUUUGCAAACUCUUUUACAAAAUUUACCAAAAGAAAUAGCACAAACCAUAAAUACAGCUGCCUCAAAGCAAGAACAAGAUCAGGAACUUUUACAACAGUUUGAAAAGCUAACUCAAGAAUUAAAACGGAAAAAUGACGAACAAAUGAAGCAUUUUGAUAGACAAAGAACAAUUUUAGAAAAAAAAAUACAUGAUUUAAAACAGCCACCUGCGACUGCCAGUAUUAGAGAAAAAUUAAGUUGGGUUUAUGAUUACGAAUCCACCCAAAAAUUUCCCGCUUUUAUUUGGCAAACUUGGCCUUAUUCUGAUGCAGAUGAAAGGCUAGAUGAAAAUUUAAGAGCAUAUGAAAGAUCAUGGGGUGAUAAGAAUCCCGGGUUCGUCCAUGAGAUUAUCAACGAUGAUACUGCUACAGCGUUAGUUCAAUAUUUUUAUAAUUCUAUUCCGGAAGUCGUAGAUACUUAUAACUCUUUACCCUCGCCCAUGUUAAAGGCUGAUUUUUUUAAAUUUUUGAUUUUAUUCGUUCGUGGUGGUGUUUUUGCUGAUAUGGAUUCUAAUCCAAUACAACCUGUUCCUAACUGGAUCCCAGAGAAUGUUUCCCCGCGUGAGGUUGGUUUGGUUGUGGGUAUUGAAAUGGAUGCUUUAAAACCAGAUUGGAAAAAUAAAUACUUGAGAAGGUUGCAGUUUGGAUCAUAUGUAAUUCAAUGUAAACCGAAGCAUCCGAUUAUAAGAGAAGUUAUUGUUAAAAUUGUAGAAAUCACAACAAGCCGUAAAAAAGAAGGUGAUUUGAAAGUCAAUUUAAGGAACGAUUUGAAUAUUAUGAGUUGGACAGGCUCUGGUUUAUUUACUGAUGUCAUUAUGACAUAUUUCAAUGAUUAUGUUCAAAGUGAUAUUUUUUACAAAGUUACCUGGAAGGAUUUCCACAAAUUAAAGGUACCUAAGUUAAUUGGUGAUGUUCUAGUUUUUCCUCAAUUCUCUUUCAACGCACCUGAAAUUGUCGAUGUAGAGGAUCCAAACAAAGCAUUAUACUUUGUCCAACAUGACGGAAUGAAAUCCUGGAAAGCAGCGCCAAGAGUCCAGGGAUAG